AUGAUAGGGCAUUACAAUAGUAGCCAGAAGCUGCUUCUUGUUGGAGAAGGUGACUUCUCAUUUUCAGCUUGUCUUGCCAUGGCUUUUGGUUCUGCUGUUAACAUGGUUGCAACUUCUCUUCUUUCAAGAGACGAGGUAUUGUUGAGACAUCCCGACAGCUACUAUAAUCUGAAGUUGUUGCGGAGUUUAGGAUGCUUAAUUCUGCACCGAGUAGACGUUUGUAGUAUGAACAAACAUCAAGUGUUAAAGUCCCUUGGAUUUGAUGUCAUAAUCUACAAUUUUCCUCAUGCUGGUCAUUUUCGCGGUCUUAAAGAAACUAAUGCUCGUAUGAUUCGGAAGAAUCAACAACUGUUGAAGGGUUAUUUCGCAAGUGCCAAGUGCUUGGUGAAAAUGGGGGGUGAAGUUCAUGUGACUCAUAGAGAUGACAUGCCUUAUAAGAAUUGGGAAGUGAAGAUGCUGGCAGAAAAGGUUGGUUUUAUUUUCAUUGAGAAAGUUGAGUUUAAUUUGAAGGAUUACCCAUCUUAUCAAAUUAAGAGAGGAGGAGAUAUUAGAGGGGAUGAUACAUUCUCAAUCUCUCAUAGUUUCACUUUCAAAUUUUACUAUGUUUGA